UCACAAAGAUGGGACACCCAAUGUUAUUUAGAUAGAUCAGAAACUAUAGUGAGUACAUUUUACAGCAUAACUGUCAAUUAGAUAGUAGAUAUUCCAAAAUAUACGGUAUGGUGUAAAUGGUAAGCUUGAUUAGAAUCAGUCAACAUUAAUUGACUUCGUCUAAAACUUAGUUUUGGAAAAUCUGAUGUGCUCUUGCACCUAUUUGUAGGGCUGCUAAAAAUAGGCCCUGCUGGCAACACAUGUGUGUCUAUGAUAGGCUGCUACUGAGAUUUUCUCCACAGACUCCAGCUCCAAAGCAGCACCGACAACAUCUCAAUGGGGCUUUUACCUGGAUAACACCAAUAAAGUUGAGCCCUGCAAACAAGCUGUGGACGCGACCAGAGUAGUUUUAUACUUUGGGUGACACUUUUAUCACGGAUUUUACCUUUUUUUUUUUUUUUUUUUGUGAAGUGCUUCAAAGGACAAUGACUUCCAGAAGGCCAAUGACUCGAUCUUUUUCUGGCAAUGGGAGGACAAGCAGCUUCAGUGAAGAGGAGGGCAGCUCUUCCAAUGGCCGCCCAGAAAGCCGCAAUCCUUACCUCUCUAAUGUUAGGCCGGAAAACAGGAGCACAUUGUGCAGCGUCAUGGCUCAGCUGACUGAAGACAUACAACCCUCCUUCGAGAACACCCUGAAAUCAAAGGCAGUCUCAGAAAACUGUAAUGUGAAAUUCACUUGUGUCGUGUCUGGUUACCCAGCUCCAGAGCUGAAGUGGUAUAAAGAUGAUAUGGAAAUGGACCGGUAUUGUGGACUUCCAAAAUAUGAAAUUCGCCGUAAUGGAAAAACCCACACCCUCCAUAUCUACAACUGCACAUUGGAGGACGCAGCCAUCUACCAGGUCUCUGCCUGCAAUAGCAAAGGGAUUGUCUCCUGUUCAGGAGUUUUAGAGGUUGGCACCAUGAACGAGUAUCAGAUUCAUCAGCGGUUCUUUUCCAAGCUGAAGCAGAAAGCAGAGAAGAAGAAAAACGAAAUGGAGGGGCAGAACAAGAAAGAGGAAAAAGCUGUCAUACAGAAAGAGCAAUUGCGUAGUAGCCCGGAACGUCCCCCAAGAAAGCGCCCUGUCCCACCACCAGCGGUCAAGAAGCCGGAGGCUGUGGAACAGUUGGGAGCUGCUGCGGAAGCUAAUGGAGUUAGCUCUGAAGCCAAGGACCCCGUGACAUCCAAAGACAGUGACCUGGAGAAGGAGACUUCUCCAUCUGAGAAAAGCAUGGCUGUAAAGAAAAUAAAGAUCUCAAAUGGAGAAGAUGUUCCAGUUAGCAGCAGUAGCAAAAGCCAUAUGAUGGGAAAUGGAGGUGAAAACUGUUAUGAUGGAGGAAUCAGUUUGGCACAGUUUCUGGCAGAGACUCUUCAGUCCCAGGCUGCGGAGGAGAAACAGAACUCACCUCGAGGAGAGAGACGCAAAGAGAUGGACGUGUCUGCCGCAAGUGCAAGUGUGGAGAAAGAUAGAGAGCAAGAGAGGAUGCAGAAGGAGAGGGAGGAACAAGAGAAAGCACUAGAGGAAGCGCGGAAGAGAGAGAAAAGGAGGGAGGAAGAAUUAGAAAGGGAGAGGCAGUUGGAGAUGUCGCAUGCAGUCCCUCAUACAAAACAUGGAUCAGAAGUCAAACACCACAGCAAGGUUCACAAAGAUCAUGAACACCACAAAAUCCCGGCUUCCAUCUCCUCUAUGCUCCACUCAGUCAAAGACUUCCUCUUUGGGAAGAAUAAGAAGGACUCUCAUGAUCACAUUGAGAACAAGGAGAGAGAGUUUGACAAUUUGCGUCCUAAGCCGGAGACGCCGCCAUCUUUUCGACUGCAAGCGACGCAAAAUGAAGCGUGCAAGCCUCUUAAGGAGGACACUUUGCCGAUGGAAAUCGAUAAGCGGAAGGAGCCCCCAGAAACGGUGACACUGGGGCGAUGUGAGCACACGCAUGAAGACAGCGUUCCCCACACUGAGCUGCCGCCACCCGAGAGCACAGGGGAGUCAACGACGCCGAGUGUCGAGGAGGCUGAUGAUGCUGCGGAGGCCAUGGAGUUCUCUCAGGGGCCAGAGAUCAGCAAGCCAGUUGAAGAAAUGUCAUUGUCUGCGCUUCACGUUCUCACUGAGGCUGUUCCUAUACUCCGGAAAGAGCCAGAAUCCCCGGUUGUUUCAUCACUGCCCAGUCAGCAGGCAGCAGUAGAUGACUCUUCACCCAGGGACGAUAUAUCCGUCUCACCGAAUACCCAAACCCCUAAUGAAGGAAAAUCCUCCCCCACCCUCACUAGCUUGGAAGAAAGCCGGACUCCCCCUCCCAGUGUUAUCUUAUCAGUGGACAGUCACAAUCUUGGAGAGGCGCCCACUGAAACUGUGCAAGACGAGGAUAUGGGUGUUGAUAAUAAGGGCAAAGAAGGAGAACCAAACUCUAGUGAGGGCCCCUCUUACAUUCAGUUACAUGAGGAAGAGAAAGCCGAAGUGAAAUCAGACCAACAGCCGUGCUCAGAUGUUAACAGAUCUGAGAUUACUGAAUUCACAACAUCUACAGAGAGAAAAGAGACGUGUGAAUCAAAAACCCCUAAUCAAGGGCUGUCAUCUCUGUGUGCUGUGACAGCGUACGGCGAAGAGAGACGUAAUGUAAAAGAAGAGACCGAACACACUUCACUGAAUCAGGAAAUGGAUAUAGGAUAUCCGCCCAAUGCGGCCUCGGAGACUUUAGAGCAGGGUGACCUAAAAAUACAGCAGAGAUGCAAAUCUUCUGCACAGGAGGAAAGCAAAGUGGGCCGCGAGAAAAGUGCAAUACUGAGUUCAAACUCGGGUUUAAGUGGUGUUGAAGAAAGUCCUUCUGUUUUAGAGAAGGAAGGGUUGUGCAACAUUUCGAAAAUAUGCGAGCAGGCAGUUUUAGAAGGUGAGAACACUAGGCAGGAGAGUUUACCAUCGGAAGUGGCGAAAGAAAAGAGAAAUCAAAUGGCAAUAAAUGAGGAGCUGAAAGAGUCGAAGAACGUGUCAGUAACACAGAACAGUGAAGGCGAUGUGAGUGACGUUGAAGAGCACAGUAAUGUUGCACAGCAGGAUGGCAGUGAGAGGCAGCAGGGUUGGCCCUCGGGGAAUAUUCCUCAAAUAAAAAUAUCUACCAUCGAAGACACAACAGAUGUUGAACCAACUGUUCCUAAUGUAAACCCCACUGAAGAUUUUAUAAUCCCAAAAAUUGAAAUAAUUGAACCCGAGCUUAAAGAAGGCAUUCUGCCACUCACUAUUUUAGCACUGAAUGAACCUGCUGUUUUGCAAAAUCAUGACUCAACACAUGUGUCUGAUGAAAUAAUACGAAACAACAGCAUGACUGUUUCUCCGAGUGUGUUACCCAUGCAGAUUGGUACGCAGAAUGAUUAUAACUUCUCACCCACAGAAAAAGUUGAGGAAGUUGCACAAUUAGAUGACGAGGCAGAAAUGUCUGAGCGAAGGCGGCCACCUGGGGUAAGCCGCGAGCAGCUCCCUCAGAUGGCGUUAGCAUCCAUUCCUGUUCAAAAUGUUUUAUGUGCUGAUGACAAGGAGGCUGGCGUUUAUGUAAACAGCAGUGUUUCAGAUUCACAGCAGCCUUUUGAAACUGCAACCGUGCCCCUGUUUGUCGUUCCACCGAUCUCUGUCACUUGUUAUGAAAGUGACUCUGAACUGAGACAACCCACUCAAGCUGAUCUGACACAGACUGAAACUUCAACUGUCAUGCAUAGGGGAACAGAGAAUGAUGUUGCCAAUGCAAUGACCGCCAAUCCUGGAAAAACUCAAAGUGGAAAACUUAGCAAAAAACAAACGGCAGAUAACGGUAUUGAAAACAAAAUUCCCUCUUUGCUCGAUGAAGCUUUAACGCCAAAGGUUGGUGACAUUGAGCCUUCAUUCAGUAAAACAGCAGAAGACAACUUUGUCCCUGAAAUCUUAAAGACGAAACCCCUUAAAGAGGCCAAGGCAGAAAACGGCGUGUCUUUGGAGGAUUUGCAAAGAAACAGAUCCUCUGUUGAAAGACUCUGCUCUAAACCCCCCACGUAUCCAUCUCUGAGCCCAGCCAGCCUCCGCAAAUUCAUGUCCAAAGCUGCUCAAGACGCAGACAGCGAGGCUGUGACAGCUGUCCCUCUGAUCACAGUGGGCGACCGCCAGAGUGACAAGGCGGACGAAGAUCUUAGCGGAGGCUCUACACCAACAUCGUCCCUGUCCUGUGAAAGCAGUCCCCGGCUGAAACGCAGGGACAGCCUUACACUCAUACGCUCUGCCACGCCAGAAGAGUUGGCCUCUGGAGCUCGUCGCAAAAUAUUCAUCCCGAAACCGAAAGAGGACGGAGAAGGGGCUGUGGUCAGUGCACUGGAUACUCAGGGCAAGAAAGAGAGCCCCUACAUGUCGCCCAGCCAGGCUCGCAGAGCGGCGCUGCUACAAGCUCCCACAGGACAGAACACCCCACCUAUGGAGAGGCGCUCCCCACUGCUGCCCCGCAGAAAGAUCACCUUGGAGGUGCCAAAGGUCGUUGAGGAGCCGCCCACAGAAGAUCAAACCAGCGCCAAACAAGAGGAGAAGACAGAAAAGAAGCUGGACCCUUUGAAAGCUCCACAGGUCAUCCGAAAGAUCAGGGGAGAGCCAUUCCCAGAUGCCUCGGGACACCUGAAGCUGUGGUGCCAGUUCUUCAAUGUGCUCAGCGACUCCACCAUAAAGUGGUUCAGAGACGAGGUUGAGAUACUAGAGGUGAAGAGAAGUGGAGGAGAUGAAAGCCAAGUAGCUCUGGCUAUUGUUCUCGCGUCCAGUCAAGACUGUGGGGUGUAUGGCUGUACCAUCAAGAAUGAAUAUGGGACUGACACCACUGACUUCCUUCUCAGUGAAGACAUUCUGUCUGAGAUACUCUUAAGAGAUGAUUUGGAAGUCGGAGAGGAGAUCGAGAUGACGCCACUGCUGUUCACCAAAGGUCUGGCCGACUGUGGCAACUGGGGCGGCAAGUACUUUGGCCGCAUCAUGACCGAGGCGGCGAACAUCGGAGAGGGCUGCGCUCACAAAGCCAGCAGAGUGAAGGUCAUCUAUGGCCUUGAUCCCAUUUUUGAGUCUGGAAGCGCUUGCAUGAUCAAAGUCCAAAGUCCCAUCGCAUAUGGGACCAAACAGGAGAGCAACCUUACAGAGAGAAAUCUAGUGAUUACUAAGCAGGAAUGCAAAGUCCAAAACAUGAUUCGAGAAUACUGCAAAAUCUUUGCAGCUGAAGCCAGAGUUAUAGAGAACUUCGGCUACUCACUAGAAGUGAUUCCUCAGUACCUGAUGUACCGGCCUGCAAACUCUGUGCCAUAUGCCACAGUGGAGGCUGAUCUGAAGGGUGACUUCCUCAAGUAUUGUACAAUGGAUCCUAAAGGCCAGCUGAUUACAAAAACUGCUGCUGAAGUAGAGCAGAAAUGCUGCACCUUCCAACACUGGAUUCAUCAGUGGACACAUGGAAAUCUGUUGGUCACUCAGCUAGAGGGUGUUGAAACAAAGAUGACAAAUAUCAGAGUUGUGACAAAGUCAAAAGGAUACCAAGGACUUACUGAAAACGCCUCACCGGAAGUGUUUGAACAGUUCCUGACUACCCAUCAGUGCAACUACUACUGUGGACUGCUUAGCCUGCAACCGUUAAAGACAGUGGACAGUCUGCAGACCAGCAAGACAAAGGGCUCCCGGAGCCCCCUGCUCAACCGCAAGUUGGGCUCCAGCCCACAGAUGCAGCGGAAAGGACACAGCCCGCAGAUGCUUAGAAAGGCUAACUCUAGCCCAAAGGUAACUAAAAAAGUUCAGGAGACAGAGGACAAUAAAUCCGACACUAAACCAAAGCCAACAGAAACUGCCGCUGCCCUUGAGAUGAGGUAGAAAAAAAGUGCCUUUUUUUGUUUCAAGCAAGAUGUUAUUGCUUCGAAUGUUUAAGUGGUACCAGUUGUUUCCAGUUUCUAAGAAGACUUGAAGAGUAAGGUUAUCUGAAAAGGGAGGUUUGUUGACCUGACAUGUCAUAAAGAAUUACUGUGAAUUUCUCCGUCAGCAUUGCAGUUACAGUAUGAGACAUCCAUCCUCCUUCUGUAGUGAAAAGAUUUAUGAGGACGUUUGCAGAAAUGUGCAUGGGUUUAACGACUUUAUAGCCCUAAGAUACCAACCAGCAAAAACAGUUGUGUUUUUUUUUUUUUUUUUUUAUUUUAGAAUAAAAAUAAAAAACUGUGCCACAUAAGGUUAGCCAAAACGUGCAUAUUAUACCGUUUGAAACACGUGCCUUAGAUAUUUUAAACUCUACAAGUUGACAAAUAGCUCCAAGCUACAUUUGUCAACUCAAAACAUCACCGAACUGUGUGACAAACCAUAGGAUAUGCACUGAAACUUGUUUUUGUUUUAAAAAUCAUUUCAGUAGUUUAAUUUGAAUAGUUAUGGAACCACAGAAACAGAGGGGGCUGAGGUAAUCUGUCCAUGCUGAACACUACAUGUUUAUCUGUGAUGUACAGUAUGUUGGUGGGACUUAAUGUUUUAUUAUGGAUUUAUUGUUUCCAUUAGAACUGAUUAUGCAGCAUUUCCUUUUACAGCACAGUUGAACUCAUGCUGUUGACUGACAGCUCUGUUUUUGUUCAAAGAUGUUUGUGAGCACCUUGUUUUUGGCAUUAUUUUGUAGUAUUUCUUUAAGUCUUUUGAUGUUGUGUGUCUGUGUCUUUAAUCAGUCCUCGUACAGUUUUUCCAGCAAAUGUCACAUGCAAAGCAAUGAGCAAUAAGGGGCUUACCAGUAAACUCUUUAACUAUGGUAUGCUCAAGCUAAUUGACAUGCAAAGUAUGUGUUUUCUUAAGUAGAAAGGAAGCUUCUGAAUCAGCGUAUAACAACUAUUAGGACCUGACCUAUGGACUGUGGGCUAAAGGCAGACUGACAGAAUUUUCAGAAGCCUAUUUGUCGCUCAGUAAGGCUCCCUGUGUAAAAUCUGAGAAGUCUAUGUACACUGAGAAUCACCUCUUUAUCCAAACAGGGGGCUUUUGUUGGUGUAAAGCUGGUGAACAGUAAUCAGACUUAUCUUAAGGGUUUCAUAUUUAAAUAAAAAAACAUAGUUGCUAUGCCAGCAUGGACUUUAAUAUAAUUUACUAUAUUCUGUCAAGCAGGACUUCGCACAGGUAUUCAUGUUUGAAUUCCAACAUGAAUCAUUUAACAGGUCAUUAAAAUCUGACAAGAACACUUCAGGAAUAUCAGGAAACAUUAUCGUUUAAUGAGUAAUCAGUCUUCACAUUAGUCCAAAUUGCCACUCUUAACCCAACAAGAGUGAAACAAUUGACUGCAAUGACACAAAAGUGUAAAAUAUAUUGAAAUGAAGCGAAAGUUUAGAAAAGCAGAUGUUGGUGUUGAGGUUUAAUGUCAUGCAAGAAAAGUGUUGUAUUGUAUUUAUGUGUACAUAAAGUCACAGGACUAAAUAUCUGCAGUAUAGUUUGAAGAAAUUGUUAACAUGAGAAUGAGUGAGACAAUGAAUGAGUAAUUGAGAAAGAAGAAUAAACGUAAUUUCCAGUA